AGCAUUCCUCUAAAAUUAUCACAAACACCUUAAGCUAUUAUGUCAAGUAAGUUGCAUCUGAAGACAAAGAUGGUAGAACAGAAUAUCUGCCGAUCUGUUUCUAUGGACAGUUUGUUAAUUGAGGGUGAUAGUGAACUAAUGAGUCAAUUUGUACAUUUCUAUACCGAGAGAAUCGCAACCAGAGAGAGGUUAAGGAAUAUUAUGAGGAUUAAUCUAUCCAGACCUGAAAAUAUCAAAAAGACGUUCCUGGACACAGCCAUGGAUACGCUUCGUAAAGAAAUGGCGGCAAUGAUGGACUACGACCUGUCACUUACCAAACAGCUCCUGAUUUUACAGGAUUCGAUAGAAGAUAUCCUGGCUGGGGAAGAUUACUGUGAUUUAUGCAACAGUUCCGACCCGUGCACAGAGAUACACAUGUGUUCACCUUGUACUUGCAGAAGCCAAAAAGUCUCAGAGAAGCUUAAAAAUACCUCAAGUGUAAGCGAUCAUACAAAGUACUGUUCUAUGGAAGACUUGCGAGAUGGUGACAUGCACUCAUCAGUCAAGUCACUAAAACAGAGAAAUCGUGGAGGACAUCAGAAACAAAACUCAAACGAUUCUGGAUACUGUUGUAUUUUCCAAGAUCUGGAAGUGACUAUUUGAAUAAUAUCUUGACUAAGCUACUUGAUUACUCGGAGUACAUGCUAUGUUGAGUACCUUACUUAGACACUAAUUACUCAGAUUUCUGUUGUAUCAAGUACCGAAAUGAAAUGUUUUUUCUCUGUUCAUAACGAGUGUUUAUUUAUUUUGUUUUUACUUUUCAAAUGUUGUCGUUGAGAAAUAAAAGUAUAUAGAAAAAUC